GGGGGGGGGACAGAGAGCGAAAGACAAGUAGAUACCGCAGGCAGGAAUAGAGAAUCCGAGACAACAACAAAGACGACUUGACUUCUCACCUUAUCAUAGAGAAAAUUCAUUCACUCGGGAGUCGGGAGGAGAGUAGAGGCGAGGAGCGAGGCAACUAAAGAUCUCUUAUUAUAAAUUUGCAUCGCUACCGUCUGAACAAUCAUCCUCAUCUUCAUCGCUAUCUGGUUUCUGUAAUUUUUUAAGAGACCCCCCCCCUCUCUCAUCAAUCCUUCUCUGACAAUUCAGGCACCCACACGAAACAAUGGCUGUUACAAUGAAGCAGAUGGCUCUCGCAGUCACGGCCCUUGGCCUCAUCUCUUUUGUUUUUGGCAUUGUCGCUGAAAAUAAGAAGCCUGCUGCUGGAACUCCAAUACCUGGAAAAGGUGUUGUAAUUUGCAAGUAUUCAUCCGAUCCCACAGUACCUUUGGGGUUCCUCUCAGUUGGAUUUCUGGUAGCAACUACAGUCGUUGGUUAUUUAUCUCUCUUCUAUCCUUAUAAAGGAAAAUCAGUCCCCAACUCUGCUUUGUUUCAGAGCGCCAGUUUCUCCAUCUUCUUCAACAUUGCUGUGUUUACGGCAGGAUUGGCAGCAGCAUUGAUAUUGUGGCCAACAAUUCAAGAGCACUCUCACUUGAGUCACACCGUUCAUCACGAUCCUGACCAUCAAUGCCCCACUGCCAAGACCGGUCUCCUUGGUGGCGGUGCUUUAGUUUCUCUCGAUUCAGCUCUUUUCUGGUUAGUCGCACUCAUGUUAGCAGACAAUGCUCGGGAGGACUACUUUGAUGAAACGGAAAAGGAUGUCAAGGGGGGACAUCAUGAUGAGGUGCUUGAGGGUGAUUUUGAUGCGCCUGCACAUCUCAAGGGCACUGCAUAAAGCCUGUUGUGUCGUUAAGAAUGACUUGGAACUCUCUCUGGGUUUUACACAUUUCCAUGUCACACAAAUAAUUCCCAGUUAGCACCUUGAAGAAGCUACACUGCAACAUUGAAUUCAUGAUUGUAAAUAUUGAAUAUUGUUUGGAUUUCAAUUCUAUAGGAAUCGUUUGGUGUACCCGGGGUUAUGCUCGCUGGAGACUCAUGUGUCUUAUGUUUAUGUGAGUGAAGAAGAGCAUAACUCUUUGGUAUGCUGAAUAAUUUCUCUGAAUCGAAUGCUUUUUCAAAUGGGAAGUUGCAGUUUAGACCGUGUA